CUUGUGCCCCCUUUUUGCUAAAGCUCAAUAUUUGGCGCCUACUUACUUCACUGCUCUCUAUCCCUCAAUUUCCUCCAAAACUUUAAUUUAGGUUUCUUGACGUCCAUUUUCAGUUUUUUUGAGUCCUCUCAUACCAACUACACUGACUAUUCAUAAUUGCUGCGACUCAGCUAUGGCCUCCCAAACCCACAUAUCUCUCGAUUUCCAAACUUGUGUCUUUAAGAAAGAGAAAGUCUCCCUCGCUGGUCACCACGAAUACAUUGUGAGAGGAGGAAGAGAUUUGUUUAAGUUGCUGCCUGAUGCUUUCAAAGGGAUUAAGCAGAUUGGUGUUAUUGGCUGGGGCUCCCAGGGACCUCCUCAAGCUCAAAAUUUAAGGGAUUCUCUUGCUGAUGCAAAAUCUAAUAUCAUUGUCAAGGUUGGACUCAGGACCGGUUCUCCUUCUUUUGCUGAAGCUCGCGCUGCUGGGUUCUCUGAAGAAAAUGGCACUUUGGGUCAUAUGUGGGAAACUAUUUCUGGAAGUGAUCUUGUAUUACUCUUAAUUUCUGAUGCUGCACAGGCUGACAAUCAUGAGAAGAUAUUCUCCCACAUGAAACCCAAUAGCAUCCUUGGGCUUUCCCAUGGCUUUCUUCUUGGACACUUGCAAUCAAUGGGCCUUGAUUUCCCAAAGAACAUUAGUGUAAUUGCUGUGUGUCCUAAAGGAAUGGGUCCAUCUGUAAGGAGACUUUAUGUUCAAGGGAAAGAGAUCAACGGUGCUGGAAUCAAUUCUAGUUUUGGAGUCCAUCAGGACUUUGAUGGUAGAGCUACUGAUGUUGCCUUGGGGUGGUCGGUUGCCCUUGGAUCACCUUUCACCUUUGUUACUACUUUAGAACAGGAGUACAAGAGUGACAUCUUCGGGGAGCGGGGCAUUCUACUCGGUGCUGUUCAUGGAAUUGUGGAGUCUUUGUUUAGAAGAUACACCGAAAACGGAAUGAACGAGGAUCUUGCUUACAAAAACACCGUUGAAUGCAUUACAGGAAUUAUAUCAAAGACCAUCUCAACAAAGGGCAUCUUGGCUGUGUACAAUUCCUUGUCAGAAGAGGGAAAAGGGGAAUUCGAGCUUGCCUAUAGUGCAUCUUAUUACCCAUGCAUGGAUAUACUGUAUGAGUGUUACGAAGAUGUAGCUAGUGGAAGUGAAAUCCGCAGUGUUGUUUUGGCUGGGCAACGAUUUUAUGAGAAGGAUGGUCUCCCUGCUUUCCCAAUGGGAAAAAUUGAUCAAACACGCAUGUGGAAAGUCGGUGAGCGAGUCCGAAAGGCACGUCCAUCUGGUGAUUUAGGGCCAUUGAAUCCAUUUACUGCCGGUGUCUAUGUGGCCUUGAUGAUGGCUCAGAUCGAGAUAUUGAGGAAGAAAGGGCACUCGUACUCUGAGAUCAUCAACGAGAGUGUGAUAGAGGCAGUGGAUUCGUUAAAUCCAUUUAUGCAUGCUCGUGGAGUUUCUUUCAUGGUUGACAAUUGCUCUACAACAGCACGAUUGGGAUCCAGGAAAGGGGCCCCUCGGUUCGAUUACAUCCUAACCCAACAGGCUUUGGUGGCUAUGGACAAUGGCACUCCCAUCAACCAGGAUCUGCUUAGCAACUUCUUGUCAGACCCAGUUCAUGGGGCUAUCGAAGUUUGUGCUCAAAUGAGGCCAACGGUUGACAUUUCAGUGCCCCCUGAUGCUGAUUUUGUGCGACCAGAGCUGCGUCAAUCUGGCAAUUGAGUAGGUGGAAUCUUGGAACUUGAGUGGGCAGCUAUAUUUAUAUAGUGUGUUUAAGCCAAAACUUUCUCGUCGUUUAUAAAUGAGUGAUGUAGUUUUAGCUCUGUGGGGUAUUUGAACACUAAUGGCACUAGAUUCCUUUUUUUUUUUUUCCUUCCUUAUUAGCCUCUUCUUUGAUAUGACUCCUUUGGAUUUACUCUUGAGAAUGCUUUUGGUGACCAAAUUUCUUGAAUCUUUUAGAUUGCUUUUUGAAA